AAGUCCAGAUACAGAGUUUCAGACAUUGAAUCUGACUGAGAGUGAACGUGAAGUUUUCGAAUAUUAAAUUUUUCUAGAAAUCUGUAAAUACCACAAGAGCUCGAAUUCAUAUUUGGAAUUGAGGUUGACACUGGAGUAGUAAUAUUAUAAAAAAAUACGGUUAUUUUUAUCUGCAUCUUGCCAACUCGGACUUAUUGGACUUUUCAUCACGACGUGAAGUUAGAGAUUGUGGGUGGUGGUAGCAGUUUCCUUCUCCCACUACUUCCGAGCGAAUAAAGGGACAGAUGCGAGUGACUGGUAUUGAAGUGAAGUGUCAGCCAGAAGUUGGUUGUUCAAGAGCCCACCAAACCGGGCGUUGCUUUUGUGAAUUGGAAGAGUAAAUUGGUGAUUGUGGGAAGAAAAAUUGUUUCUGGUCAAAAGAGCAGCAGAAGCAAAGGAAUAAGAAGGCCCCUGAAAAAUGUGGGUCCAAACUCUAGUUAAGCGUUAUGUCCCCUACAUCCUCAUCUUGUGCAACAUUCUCAUAGUGAGAACAGAUGCGACUGUCAUUCAAACAAAAAUCGGCAAGAUUCGUGGUUUAGAGGAAACCACAAGUUCACAACAGAUCAAAUACUAUGCAUUCAAAGGAAUCAGAUAUGCUCAAGCCCCCACGGGGUCACUGAGAUUUAAGGAACCAGUACCGAUCCCAGCAUGGGAAGGAAUAAUGGAUGCAACCUUGGACGGUCAACCCUGUCCCCAACUUCACAUUGGAACCAACAGCGUUAUUGGGAAAGAGGAUUGCUUGUCCCUUAAUGUCUACUCACCUGAUGUGGACAAAUUGAAGCCUGUUUUGGUUUUCAUCCACGGAGGUGGCUUCACAACUGGAUCGUCGUCAUCACUCAUGUAUGGUCCAGAUUACCUGAUGGAUGAAGAUGUGGUGGUCGUCAGUUUCAACUAUCGCCUCUCUGUUUUUGGUUUUCUAAGCACGGAGAGCAAGGAGAGCACGGGGAACUACGGACUGUUUGAUCAAAUUCUGGCCUUGGAGUGGGUGAAGCGUCAUGUAGCGUCAUUUGGUGGUGAUCCUGAGAAAAUUACUCUGUUGGGCGAAGGUGCGGGUGCGGCCUCAGCCACCUUGCUAACAUUGACACCCACUGCUAAGGGGCUGUUUAGAAACGUGAUAGCAAUUGGUGGGACUCCACUCAAUAGCCAAUAUUUCCAAUCGAACCCUGUUGAGUCUGCUCGAGAGCUUGUGUCAAGAUUUGACUGCACAUACGAAGAUUUUGGGGAAUUGGUGGAGUGCUUGCGAAAACAGGACGCAGAGAAGUUGGUGAAAGAAGUGAAUAACAUGUUUUCAUUCUUCAGCUUCCCACGUUGGUUCAGCCCUUCGUUUGACAAUGUUUUAUUCAGCAGCUCUCCUCAAGAGUUGCUACAAAGUGGCAAAGUGGCAGCAAAAGUGCCGAUUUUAAUGGGACUUGCACGACAUGAAGGCGCUUUCUACGUUCCGCUUACACUGAACUCGUUUAGCGAUGGUAAAUAUGAUGGAAACUUUAUCGACCAACGUAUCCCCAGGUUACUGCCGGUGAUCUCUGAAUUUGAGAGUAAACUUUUUCCUAUCACAAGAGCAAUUAAAAAGCGUUACUUCACAAACAUUGAUGUGGAAAAUGAGGACGAGUUUACACCCAGAUAUGUCGAGCUUCUGACGGACAUGCUGUUCACAAGAUUUUCAUCAAAAUAUGCAGGGAUGCUAUCAAAUAACAGCAUUCCUGUUUACUACUAUGUGCUUCAGUAUUAUGGAUCACACAGUAUUAUGGAUGUGAUAGGAGAUUCAACUACAAAAAUGAUUGCCCAUGGGGACGUCCUAUUUUACAUUUUCACCCAGAUUUUAGGAGAAAAUGUGCGACUCCCGCAAGAUGACAAAGACUUUGCUACCAAAACUUUCCUGCCUUUGUUGUUGAAUUUUGUGAGGACUAGUAACCCAACCCCAAGUGGGUCUUCAUUUGGAGAGACGUGGCCCAAGUUUAACGCGAAGGAUCAAACCGUCUGCUUGAUUGGAAGGAAGAUAUCCUUGCAAAAAGAUUUUCGCUCGAAUAUCCUCAAGUUCUGGGAGACUGAAGUCCCCAAUAUUGGAAAGACCAAAGAAGAACUCUAAGUAAUCAGUUUAUCCUGUCCAUCGCCCACGUUCAAAUGACCAAUAAAUACUCAACCAUUCUAUUUAAAA